CAGAGGAUGGAGGCGAGGUGAAAGCACACCUCAUUGGCUCCCGCUGCUCCAUUUAAAGGAAUCCAACUGGUUUGUCCUUUAAGAUCCUUCAGCAUCUCGAGAGAGGAACUUUACCUUCGCUAUUUUCUGAAAGGGAGAAUACAUUUGGGGAGAUCCGGAGCGUGGAGCAACGUCUUUGAGCCACUUUUAUAUAGGCUACAGCCUACGUAUGAGAAUCUCAUCAAUGAUCGACGAACGAUUUCAUAGCAGCAAAAAAGCCAUAUUUCUUGGCUCACUGAAAUACUAUAGAGAGAUUUCUGUGGUGCACAAAAGUGACUUUAUUCCAUAUCCAAAGGACGGAGAUAUGAAUGAUUUACACUUUUAUUGACCGGCUGAUCUAAUAUUACUAAAGUCAUGGAACGAUGGGGCGCUUUUUUGUAAGUACAUAAUAUUUUACCCACGAUAUGGAGAGUUCGCCAUGCACUCCUUUGGGAACCGCUGCUGUUGGUAACUUUUAUACCAUGGAUUCAGGAGGGCUUUCAACAAGUUUUAGGGCUCGUUUAUCUUCUGGAACAUGAUUCGAAUUAAUUCUGAGAUUUUGUGAGGUAAUUACGCGAAGGCUGCAGGAUUUCUGAAGACGUUUGAAUAGGUUUUUUUUGUCAUUUAUUUAUCGCACGAUCUCGUCAGCUCUUAUGGGAAUUAAACACUCCUCCCGCUGUUUGCUCCUCAGGAGAAAAAUGGCGGACACGGAAAGCACUGAGCAACAGCCCCUGAGUGCCGCCCCAUCCCAGUCGGUCCAGCCAUCUCCUCUACCCAAACCAGUGUCAUCGGUCCAUAAUUCCCAGAGGCCCACACACCCUUCCCACGCACCUCACACCCCUCACUCAGCCAGCUUACCCAGCUGCCCCGGCAGAGGAAAGAUGGCCAAGUUCCUCAACCCCGAUGAGAUGACCUCCAGGGAUUACUAUUUUGACUCAUACGCCCAUUUCGGCAUUCAUGAGGAAAUGCUUAAAGACGAAGUGAGGACGUUGACAUACAGGAACUCCAUGUACCAUAACAAACACAUCUUCAAGGACAAGAUCGUGCUGGACGUGGGGAGUGGUACUGGCAUCCUCUCCAUGUUUGCUGCCAAGGCCGGAGCCAAGCACGUGUAUGGGAUUGAAUGCUCAAGUAUAUCAGAAUACUCUGAGAAAAUCAUCAAGGCCAAUCACCUGGACAGUGUUAUAACCAUCUUUAAAGGGAAAGUGGAAGAGACAGAGCUGCCGGUAGAUCAGGUGGACAUUAUCAUCUCAGAGUGGAUGGGUUAUUGCCUUUUUUAUGAGUCCAUGCUCAACACAGUCAUCUACGCCAGAGAUAAAUGGCUGAAACCUGGAGGUCUGAUGUUCCCAGACAGGGCUGCUCUAUAUGUGGUGGCCAUUGAAGACAGACAGUACAAGGACUUCAAGAUUCACUGGUGGGAGAACGUUUAUGGUUUUGACAUGACCUGCAUCAGGAACGUAGCUAUGAAAGAACCACUGGUGGACAUCGUGGACUCAAAACAAGUGGUAUCCAAUGCCUGCCUGAUCAAGGAAGUGGACAUCUACACAGUGAAGCCAGAGGAACUGUCCUUCACCUCCUCGUUCUGUCUGCAGAUCCAGAGGAAUGAUUAUGUCCACGCUCUGGUCACCUACUUCAAUAUCGAAUUCACCAAGUGUCAUAAAAAGACCGGCUUCUCCACAGCACCAGAUUCCCCGUACACACAUUGGAAGCAGACAGUGUUUUAUCUGGAGGAAUAUUUGACUGUGAAAAGAGGAGAGGAGAUAGUCGGAACUGUCAGCAUGAAGCCAAACGAGAAGAACGCACGUGAUCUGGACUUCAGCUUUGAGCUGGAUUUUAAAGGUCAGCUCUGUGAGGCUGCUAUCGCUCAUGACUAUAAGAUGCGCUAAGUAUCCAGCAGUGGCGAGAGACGGUUUGUGACAGUACUCAGAGAAGCAGAGGCAGGGGCCGCU